AGACCUCAUAUAGAGCUCAGCGAUUCCCUCAUGGAGACCAUCAAUGACAUCUGCACUCCAAGGGCUGAUAAGUUCUUUUCUGUUGACUGUGAUGAGGACCUAGUCAAGUCUCCCUUGAAAGAAUCUACCAAUAAUAUUCAGUCUGCCCUUGUUGCAAGUUUGAGAGCAGGAAGUCUGUCUGAAAAUGUAAGUCCAAUAUUUUCACUUACCUCUUUAGUCCAAGGAUAUGAAAUUGUUAAAUUUUGAAGUCUUUCAUAGCAAGCAUAUUUUAAAAUCAAAUAGGGUGUAACUUUAUAUAGAGAAAAGUAGCUUUUUGAAGUUGACAUAUGUAACAAAGGUAAUGGAAAAUGGAGAGUUUUAAUGUCUGUUAUGUAAAUAUGGGGAAAUUUUAAAAUUUUAACACUUAAAAAAAAAGAUACGUUUGGACAUAGUUACUAAAUAUUACUUGUUAUGUUUGUUUUCUUCAAAGUGAGUUUAACAUCUUGAUGAAUAAAAUGAUAUUUCUCUAAUGUAACAUAUAUUUUUAUUUCACUAUAUAGAUCAAGUUGCGGACUGCAUCAAAGACUCCUCAUCGUCUGGUACUUCCAAAUGAGAUGAAACCAUUACAGACACCAGUCUCUGCUAAAUCCCACCGGCCACAGAUCAAGAGACUUCGAACUUUUCAUUCCCCCCGCAAGGUCAACCACAGGUCACCAAAGUUGAAAUCGCCACAUCACUUGAGAUCCCCUGGCAAGUUUUCAGGCCCCAGUUAAAAUUUUUGAUUGCUCAACUGAUUAAUUACUUUUGUACAUUCAUGAAAAGGGAGGUGUCCCUAUAAAUUAUCUGUACAGUCUGCUUGAUUUGUUGUAUAAUUUUCCAAGUUACUGCGCAUGACUUCUAUAAGACUAAAUAUAAAGUCGUUCUUCUGCCAACAUCAGACUGAUUUCCCCAAGCUUCUGUGC